GCAGCACAUUUGGGAUUGCAAUAUGCGAUCCUUCCCCCGCCGCAUGCAGCACUUGGUACAGGUACCAGUCGCAGCAGUUGCGGCUAUGCGCGAGCCGUCGGGGAUCUGCUGGCUGGCGGGCUUUUUUCUCUGGCAGCGAUGGAGGAGGCUGCUCCAGUGGCAUUGCGAGUGCCAGCAACCUCUGAUGGAUGGCGGGCGUGGAAUUGCUUUCGAACGCUUUGUGACCACCAUGCACAGUUGUCCUGUGCGCUUGAGCUUUCCGUUGACAAGACGAGCGACAAGGAGUUGGAAAGAUGGCUUGCAGAGCCUGUUCGCAGUGUGAUACUGCCACCCUCCGCCUUUCUGCUGAACAGGUCAGGAUAUCCAGUGCUUCCCAAGAAAGCGAAGGCGCUCCUUGAGAAGCUCUUCCGUCAUCAGGUUCAGGUGAUUAUUUGCGAGCCGGCCACGUCUGCAGGUGAGCAUGAGGGUUUACUGCCUCGUCAGUCCUAUGUGGCGCAGCUAUUUCAGGCUCUACCACCGUUGUCACAGGCAGACCGCUUUGCCUACACUCACAAGGACACAUUGCAGGCUCCCCUGCAGCCGCUGGCCGAUAACUUGGAGUCUGAAACCUACGAGCUCUUUGAGACGGAUCCAGUGAAAUAUGCAAGGUACCAAGAGGCAGCCUUCAUUUUCUUCACCGAGCGCAAAGAGCAAGGACGACCCAUGCCAUUUUGUGCGAUGGUUCUAGGAGCUGGGCGAGGACCCUUGGUUGAGGCGACUCUCAAAGCCGCUGAGCGUGCAGAGGUUCAAAUAGAGCUUUAUGCGGUCGAGAAGAACCCAAAUGCGGUGCAUGCACUCCGCCACCGCAAACGCAGAGACGGAUGGACCAGUGUGCAGGUAGUGCCUGGAGACAUGCGAUCAUGGACCGCGCCUAAAAAAGCUGAUGUCAUCAUCAGUGAGCUCCUGGGCUCUUUCGGCGACAAUGAAUUAAGUCCAGAGUGCCUCGAUGGUGCGCAACGAUUCCUUGCAGAUGAUGGUGUGUGCAUACCAACGAGCUAUACAGCUGCAUUGACUCCGGUUUCAGCACCCUUGCUCUGGGCAAAUGCUCGGCAAGGUGCUGCAGGAGGAGGCGUUGCAGAUUUGGAGACAGCCUAUGUCGUGCACUUGCAGCAUGCGUUUUAUCCUUGCAGAGCGAUCAAGGACUGCUUCGAAUUUCACCAUCCAAAGAGUGAUGGUUCUAGCAAUGACCGAAGCGCUGACUUGGACUUUGAGAUUGAAGUAGAUUCUCUUGUCCAUGGCUUUGCAGGGUACUUCGAUUGCGUGCUUUAUGGAUCCGAGCGCAUAUCCAUCCACCCGGAGACUUUCUCUGUGGGAAUGUUCAGCUGGUUUCCAAUGUUCUUCCCAUUGCGCCAUCCACAGUACCUUCGCAAAGGCAGCAUCAUCAGGAGCCACUGGUGGCGCCGGCAUGAUGCUCACAAGGUUUGGUACGAGUGGGCAUUGUCAGAGCCUGCUCCAACGGAAGUGCAGUGCACCGCCCCUCAUGACAUGUUGCAUUUUGCCUGUGACCGCCUGCGGCAGACUUUCGCCCUUGUGGACAUUGGGAGUGCCAGGGUGCUGAGGGACAUGGCAGGGACAUGGCAGGGACAAAGCUCGACAGCUCGGCAUUUGGCUCAAACAUUGGGGGCCAGAGCUGAUGGAGCUGGAUUGGUUGUAAUGAAGCCCAACGUAGUCUUCCUGCUGCUGAGCGUCAUUGUUUUCCACUCAAAUUCAACAUUAUUGCGGCAGCCAAAGGGACGCAACUCCUCGGCCCAUGCACAAGUUGCGCUCCAGGGCAGGUACAAUAGUACUUUGUCCGAUGAUGUCCCGGAGGCGCGUACAACAUCGCCGCUGAAUUUGGCAGAGUCAUCAGCGCCAACCAUCACGUUUCUAUUCAUGGCUUACGAUGGGCUUCCCCACAUGGAAAUUUGGGAGAAGUUCUUCAGAGGUGGCAAACCAGGCAAAGAUUUUCGAGUUCUAAUCCACUGCAAGUCUGCCUCGAAAUGCAGACAUGACUUGAGGAAUCAUCCAAUUUUCAACUUGAUUGAGACUGUAGAGACAGAGUACUGCUUUGGCCUGGUUUCAGCCAUGAAUCGUCUACUUGGGGAAGCUCUUGCCAGUGGACCUGGGCAUCGUAAUGACAAGUUCGUGUUUGUGUCGGACACGACUCUUCCCGUCAAACCAUUCAAAACCAUACAGCGCCAGUUGACAUCAGAUGACACAUCUCACUUCUGCUUCUUUCCUGUGCACUGGUUAGAAUGGUCAAACACGUCCGGGCUCUUUGGCUUUCUGAAGGACUUCAAUCCAUGGCAUGAUGCGAGCCGAGAAACAGAAAGGAUGGCACUCAAGCAUCAUCAGUGGAUGGUGUUAAGUCGCCGACAUGCUGAGAAGGCUGUUAAAGCGGACGGAAUGUUUCCUUCGCUUCUCAAGGAGCUGAAGGUGAACUCGGGCCUGCCAGGCACAGUCUCUGGAUGUGACGACGAAUUCUGGCACUUCAACGCUUUGUACUCUGGUGUCAACGUCACUGGAUCUCUGGAGACUGCUUCUGUGCAUUUCAAUGGCAUUGCUGGAGAAGACAUCAAGUAUGAUUCUCACCGGCUGCAGGGUCAAUGCGACACUUUCGUGUACUGGCAAUCUACCAACGAUGGAACUGGGGGACCUGCCUUGAAACUGGGCGAGCUUCUCGAGGCUGAUGCUUUCACUCAUCUUUCGCACAAGGUUGGACACCCCUGUGAAAUUACAAGCUUGGGAAGCCGAAGUCUUCGUGCCCUGCGAGAAUCCCCUUUCCUCUUUGCCCGCAAGGUGAUGAAGGGUUGUGCUGUACACAGCAGGAGGUUUCGGGAUCUUGCAGACGCCUUUGAUGUUUUGGUCUUUCCGGAAGUGAUUCCACCAGAGGAUGACGAAGAUCCGCCUAUCAAUGUCACCAGUGAUAAAUGGCUAUCCUUUUUGCGAUGAUUCAUUUGGUAGCAGCGAUGCUAUUUUUUGCACGGCUUGGACAUUUCCAAGCUGGGUCUACAAAUCACAUGCAGCAGUAGAUUCGUUUUUCCAGUCAGUCUGGAAGAGAUAGAGCCUGAGAUUCAGUGAGUCUCUGAAGGAGACAUUCUUUGACACGUGGCAAGUUCAGGCGUACAAAA